CAAAGAGAACUCCUUAAUCCCUCCCUGCCCCUUCCAACGAGCAUAAGACUACAGCACACUUUUAAAAGGAGUUUCGCAUCUCCCGCUUACUCAUAUUGCUUCGCUCCCAAGCCCUAGCUCUUCAGGAACAAUGAAGCUCGUUCGGUUUUUGAUGAAGUUGAACAACGAAACAGUCUCAAUUGAGCUCAAGAACGGUACUGUUGUUCACGGCACCAUCACAGGUGUGGACAUAAGUAUGAACACGCAUUUGAAGACAGUAAAACUGACAUUGAAGGGGAAAAAUCCAGUUACUCUUGAUCACCUAAGUGUGAGGGGUAACAACAUCCGCUAUUAUAUCCUUCCUGACAGCAUAAAUCUCGAGACUUUGCUGGUGGAGGAGACACCCAGGGUCAAGCCCAAGAAGCCAACUGCAGGGAAACCUUUGGGGCGCGGUCGGGGCCGAGGGCGCGGUCGUGGGCGCGGACGUGGCCGCUAGGCAUGUUGUGGUGGUUCUUUUUUUCGCAGCAUCUAUGGCUUUGUAAAACAAUUAAUGAAUUUGGGGCAUGAAAAAGGUGGCGGCGUUACAACUCACUGCUUCAUAUUACUAUUACCUUAAUGUGGUCUAGGCUUUUGUUAAAUGUAUGUUUCCAAUGGAGCAAUUACUUCCAUAUGUUGGACUCUAUUUUUAGUAUGAACGAGAAUAUCAAAUCUCAAGUUA